GAUAUAACCGAAGAGCAAAUAAAUCUGCAUUAGACUUUGAGGAAACAUAAAGAAACGACGUAGGAUGAAGAAAGUGCAAAUUGAACAGGUCUUCGAAGACGACGCUUUCGGUUCGCCAGUGCCUAACUUCGGAUGGCGAACAUACCGUGCGCGCGCACCAUACCGACGCGCGCGCUCGAGUCUGGCAUUAGAGUGAAAUUUUAUCGACAGGGCGAGCGAAAAUUGGAACGAUCGAGGACAAGUCGUGAGAACUUUCGUAUUUCGUGCGGGAAUCAAUAUACGGUCGGAUCAUGGCGUACGUCAAUGUAGCGGAGUGGAAAACGGAUCAGGUGUGCGAGUGGCUGAAAGGUUUAGAUAAUUCCAUCCUUCCCUAUGUACAUAGUUUUAUGAAUCAUAGUGUCAAUGGGCAACAAUUGUUGAGCCUGCGACCUGAAAAUUUAGAACACUUAGGUGUAUUGAAACUUGGACAUCAAGAAAUUAUACUUGAGGCUGUGGAGUUCUUAAGGAAUUUUCACUUUGAAUUAGACAGAGAAAAUUUGCAGUUGCUGGCAUUGCGACUGUCUUGUCAGGCACACAGUUUGCACAAUGAAUUGUCACGUCAAACUGAUUCAAAGCCUGUUACUACUCAAACAUUGUCAGAUGUAGCAUCAGUUGUAAUGGCGGUGAAACCUCUAGUGAGAUGGCUGGAUCGUCCUCCAUUCAGUGGGCAAUUAGAGUAUAAUGACAAAAAGGCUGAAUUAAUGAAAUUAUCUUUAGAAAUGGCUACAUGUGCACAAAGAGAUAGAUUUGCUGAAAAACCAAUCGAAGAAAUUAGAACAACUUGUGGUCAAUUGGCAAAAUUAGCAGAUUAUAUCAUUCAAGACAUUGCUGAUCCUAUGAUUUUGCAACCUGCCAGUUUAGAUUUAGCAACAUUAAAGAAGAAAUCUGGUGAUGAUUUGGGUUUUUACAUUUUACCAUCUUUCCAUGGAGCACACCAGAUAGCUGAAAUUAAAUUUGGAUCUGCUGCACAUCAAUGUGGCAAAAUGGAAGAGGGAGAUGAAAUUGUUCAGGUAAAUUAUCAAACGGUAGUUGGGUGGGAGAGAAAGAACCUGCUUGAGUUAUUUCGUGAGAGCCCGGCAGAAAUCCUCUUGACUUUAAAACGUAGGCCAAGGCAUACUAAAGUUUAUGGACAAAUUUACAUAAAGCCGUAUAGACUUCCAAGUAACAAAAAAACCUCCUAUACAACACGAUGGCAACAUAAUCUUCCAUCUCCCAGACCAGAAUUAUUAACAAUACCUGACUUUACAAUGCCGUUACCUAGACAUAUACCAAAGAAUCCCAGCCCGGAACCGGCAAGUAUUUUAGAUACAGUCAAUAUGUUGGAUACAAUGGCGACAGAUAGUAGCGAUUCGGACAGUGAAGUGGAACCAUCUCUUCCUAUCCGUCUGUAUUCCACCAAGCCGAGAAGCUUGGUCCAAAGACGAGCUACAAUAACAGGUGCCAGUCCCACGACCAAACACGGUAUCGAUAUUGAGCAGUUUUGGAAAGAGUUAAAGCAAGAGCACUGUACGACCUUUCAGUUGCGCGACAAAGCGGCGUCUUGCGCCCACGGUCUGGACAAUGUACCGUCGAACAUACGGCCGCAGACAUGUUUAGGUAUAGAGCCGGUGAAACGGAGAAAAAAGACUGACGGUCAAUUGGACGAUAGAAAGGUGCAGUUCCAAGAAAAGUCGAUAGACACCGAAAACGCCGUUCAUCCAAACGACGUGAAGAAAGUGACACACGAUGCGAAAGAGAGAGUUACUCCUACGGGAAUCUGUGAAAACGACAGUACGAGUGUUGUGAGCAAAGACACGAACAAGGAGCAUCCUCGCGCUGCGGACUACGCCGGCGAUAGUAAUAAUUUAAGUGAUACGGUCGUGCCUUUGGACGAAUGUAAUAACUUUAUUAGCGAUACGCGUAGUAUUAGUAGUAAAAACUCGCUGGUAAGCAAAGAGGUUACCGGUAUGCGAUAUGUGAAAGAACGGGGUAAGUUGGACAAAAGUCACAGUACACCGGCGUACGACCUGUCGGACCCCGAAGAUAAAGAGGAUAAAAAAUUAGCGCUCUUCGAGAAUCCGUUUUGUAAAUUAACUUUACCAGUCCAAUGUUCGAACAAUGGUACGCCAGAUGGUGUUCUAACGAAAACGGAUGCUCACACGUUUGCCGAAAGUGCUGACGAACAUAGAAGACCAAAGGACACACAGAACAGAGAUAAUAGAGAAGGCAACGCUGCCAAGAGAUUCGGUAAUGUCGCGCGGAAAAUCAGCGACAUCGAGAAGCAACUCGCCCAGAUCGAGAACGCGGCAGGGCAACCGUGUGUCUUUGGAAUGCCUAAGGAAUCGGAAUCGGAAUCGCGUAAGAAUCCCGUGCGCGUCACGACGAACGACGCGAGUCCUAAAGCUAGCAUAGUGGAGCGAAACCAAAGCAGUAUCGAAUGCAAUAUGUCGGACGUGAGCGCGUGCGACAAGUACAGCAACGUGUACGACUCUAGUACCGAGUGCGAGAGCGUUGCUACGCACGAACAGUCUGAAGCUGUUUGCUCGAGGAAGAGUUCGCCGUGUAAUUCUCGCGAGGAUAACUGUAGCCACUUGGAGAUGUGGAGCAGCGGUAGCAGCGUCGAAAUAGAUACAUUGUCGCAGAAACUCGGUCAAGUCUCGCGAACACUCGACGGCGUUUUAGCUAAGCAUACGAGAUUGAUCGAGAAAAAGUCUUCCACAAUCUCGCGAGAGGAUUGUACCGAAACGAUAGUAUCACGAUCAUCAACGAUCAGCAACGCCAAUUUUGUCGAAAGCGACAUGUCGAACGUCGCUCAUAGUGUCUCGAAAGUUCAGAUCAGCACGAAGCCGCAAACUGAAGAUGCCAAGUGUAUGUCGAACUCGUCUUUGACUAUCGUUCAGUCUUGCCGUUACAUAGAGUUACCGAAGAUCGAGUCUGUGAGGAAAUACGAGAAUAAACAUCAUGCGACACCACCGGAGCCGCCGCCUCGUUAUUAUCCAAAGCAAACGACCGACGUGAAACUGAAUAACUCCGCUCCAAAACUCCCGGAGUCCCAAGUUCCGGAAAGACCCAACGCGAAACGUGAACCUAGGAAAAUGGACUUGGCUUUACCUUGGAAUCACGCGAGAAGCGAUUCAGAUUGUCAGGAUAGAAAGGAUUCGUCCCCCGACUUCUGCUCGUUCGCUUAUGCAGAGAAUUCAUUUGAUUUCAUCGACGAGCCGCGAAUAAUAAAUCUCAAUGAUCAGAAGUUCACCCAAUCUGAUGUUUCCUUGUACAAUGAAAGCGGCGACAGGCAAUUGAUGGAGGAUACACGUACGAAAUACACGUAUGAAAAGUACGAACCUUUCGUAGAAAAAUUCGCUUGCUUCAGUCAAUCCACGACAGACGGCUACAGGUCAGAGCAUACGCCGCGCCAAAUCGAAUGUCCCGAAAACCUUAUCAAUUCGAAGCAGAUAUUGCCUUUGGAGCUAAGACCGAAGCUAUCGGAGAAGGAUAAAAGUUUUGAGAGGAGCGUCGUCAAUAGAGCCAUGAUGGUGGCCAGAAGUAUCGGUUUACACGGUAGCUUGAGCAAAUCGAACAGCAGUCCAAGAAGCAACAGGAAACGGAACAUGUUACUCGCUAAGAGGAGAAAUGUAUCUGUGAAAGAUAUUGGUGCUAGUGAUAUAGAAGGCUGGUUAACAUACCGCAGCAGAGGAGCAGGUGGAGCCUGGGCAAGGGCUUGGUUUGUGCUGAAAUGUUCGUCGUUGUACAGGUUUAAGACACAAGACAGUACGAAAGCUGACUGUUUAAUCGUGUUAACCAGCUUUACCGUAUCUCCGGCCGCCGAAGUGAAAUCACGGAAGUAUGCUUUCAAGGUCUACCACACAGGAACGGUGUUUUACUUCGCCGCCGAUACCGAUGAUUGCUUGAUCCUGUGGUUGGACGCGAUCAACAAGGGUACUCUAGGUGCGGACGGUCACAAUCAGAACGGGCUUUUCAGCGAAACUGACGAGAGUGACAGCGAGAGUCACAAAUGCAAGAUGAAGAACACGCUGGAAUGUAAGCAAAAUCUGGACAAGUCUUUCGGCUCUCUGAAGAAGACCGCACGGAAGGAUAUCGUGUUCAAGGAACACGAAAUUGGCGGCGCAAGCUUGGAUCGCAAGUACUUGAAAUUUCUCGGCGCUAAAAAUCAAAAUAUGCCCGUGCCAACGGCGCAGUUCCGCAGUUACAGAAGAGUCUUGCCCACGUCGACACCGAACAAUGUUCUUCCUAGGAAGGAAGAUCUCAACUCAAAUUCUCCAGAUCUGCAAAUGACCAUCGCGGGCAGUACGUUUUACGGAUUGAGCGCCUCCCAGAGCACUACGGACAUGUCGAGUCCGUCGAGUAAUCAGGACAUGGGCGAUUAUCGACGUGCUACGGAUAGGUCCGCCAGUGGUCGUGGCAGAAGAACGGACGAUCUGCAAGGUUUCGUUACGCUAGAGGCAUUCAUGUUGUCGCAGCAGGAAGACGAUCACCGGCAAAAUAACGUGAAUAGAUCGGUGUCACCGCGCAUGACGCCUUUGACCAAUGACCAUGUGCACAUACAACACAGAAAUUUCAACGAUAAUGCGGCGUGCAGCUGCGAACAGGUCAGGCAAUUGAGCGACGCAUCGUCGAACGACGAUAUCGGCGCUACUUACGGCAGGGUCAACGACGAGAGCAACAGCAACGUAUACGGCCACUCGAGACACGUGAAUAUGUAUUUGUCGCGUCAGUUCGCUAGUGGUACCAAUCGAAUCGACGGUAAAGGGGACUGCUCGAACGACAGGUCUUGCGGCAUGUGCAAAACGACGAUUGCGCACGGAAAGAAGACAUGGGAUUCGGGUUGCGUGCAAAAAAGAAGAGCGCAAGAGCAGCUGACGAAUAGUCAGCAGGCGAAAAACGGCGAUGCGACGUAUUGGAGGAACGCGACAAAUCCAAGUAGACAAGAUUUCCAGAGUCAUAGCAGGGGCUACGAGCACAACAACCAUCCGCAAUCUUCCAAUCACGAGAGCUACAUGACGCACGAUUACCUUCCAUCGAGGGACGUCGGUAAUUUAAUGGAGGACUUCAAGGCGGUACCGAAGCGACUCGUUAGAAACGACGGUUACUCCGGAUCCAGCAGCGACCUCACAUCUCACGCGUCGUCGGAAACGCUGCAGCGCGCGAAGAAAGACGUGUUAAUCAGCCGGAAAGGGAGUUUUAAUCUCACUAAUCGUCUCGAUUAUAAUUCCUCCGAUAAACAUUGGCUGGAUUCGUUGAAACGUAGCGACAAAAAGACCGUGAACUGCGAUAAGAACCGCUUGAAGAACGUAGCGCAAUAUCAGCCGCCACCCUUGCCGAUGUCACCUUUCGAACAGGAAGGCAUGAGAGCCGCGUUUGAAAUGCAUCUAGACAAGAGUGAUCAGGUACAAAAGGCAAAUCGUUUGAAGAACUUGUUUGGAACUAAACAACAGAAACCUUGCACGUUAGAUCUUCCUAAGGAUAGUCAGAAAACUAUAUUAGGUUCACCGAGAUUGCACAGAGCGCUGUUUCGCGACAAAACUUCAAAUCAGUCGCAGCAUCGACUGUUCACUCGUUCCGGCAGUCAGAGUCCUGGCGACAGUGGAAUCAGUCAGUCACACAGCUCUUUCAACGGGAACAGUCCUUCACAAACGCUCAGUCAAAGUAUCAGUUCAGUUAGCUCGGCUAGCGAUUGGAGCCCGGAUACGUCAACACCUUCCACUAUAUCAAAGUACGGCAGCGGAUAUUUAGCUGGUCAGAAGAGCUGUUCCAAUACAAGCAGGAGUUCGUUGGCACCUCCAACGUUACCAUACAUACCGCCACCGACGUCUCCGCCACCUGAUUAUCCUGCUUUGGAAUACCCGCCAAUAUAUGAGCCAAGUACUUAUUCUCUCUCAGAUGCGUCGUUACUGCGUAAUCGCGGUAAAAGUAGUCAGAACGCGACCCAGUAACGAAACAAACCAAAUUCAACGCUCCAACAAUACAACCAAAGAUAUAACUUUCUUUCUAAUGACGGAUUAUAUUAUAUAUAAACGUUCCGACAGAAGCACAAUUGAAUUUUAUCAACAAAUUGCGGUUAGCAAUUAGUAUCUUGCCAUAAAGUAUUUCAAAGUACGACCGUCCAUUUCGUGGUACCAUGCAAUGUGUAACGAGCUAUAUUCGUAUAUAGUUGACAAGAUUAUCGCAGAGUUUAUUUUCCUUCAAAGUGCUAUGAGGCAAAAGAUGCAAAGAGUCGAAUAUAGUGACAUGGAAGACUGAACUAAAUAUUAUCUAACGUUGUUUCGCUGCAUAUUUUUAAGUAGCAGAUUUAUCUGUUUCGGAAUUAUUCUGCAUAAUUCAAGAAAGAAUCCUACGUUGUUACUAUGAUAGUAUUACGAUUAUUGUUGUUAGAGAAAUGGUUCUUGAAAAUAAUUCAUUGUGUCUUCUGAAGCAAUUUAGAAAUAUACUGUACGUAAAUCGUUCAGAUCACGUCUUACCAGAAUACUUUUAGCAUCAUUGAUGACGAAUACUUUUUAAUAUCAUGACCUUAUUCAGUGUGUAGAAUUCAAUGUGUAGUUAAAAUGUCUUCUGAAGCAUUAUUAUUUUAUAUAUUAGCAAUACGUUUUAUGUAGAACAUAAACGUAUAAGAUAUAUACACACACACCACACACAUACACACACACCUUCCAUUAAACAUGGAUUUUAUAAAUGAUUGAAAGAUAUAUUUCUUAUGUACAUUUUAAAAGCGCAUAAUGCCUAAUUUUAAACUUAUUAAUAUAUUAUAUAGGAAACGCCGUGAUGUGCGCGUUAAAAUGCCUGUGUAUUUUUUCGGGAUAUAUACAUUAUUCUAAUAAUAAGAAUGGUAUAUUUUUAAGACUACGAUUAUAUAUAUAUAUUUUUGUGUAUAACGAAGUUUAUAUCCCUUCUUUCUACGUGAAUUGUUAUUCGAUAUGUAUUGUAUUGAUUAUAAUUUAUGCUCAAGCGAAACUUGUGGGAAAGUAUUGUAAAAGUUAAAGAAGGAAGCCAAAUUUGAAAGAAUGUAUCGAUUCUUUUUCAUAUUUUAUAAAGUAUAUUACUCGAUCGUUUUUAUAUAUAUUUCAAUUUGUAGUGAUUUCACAUUUCAGUAGGAACAAGUGUUCGAGCUGCACAAAACAACUCAACUCUUUUAUAAGGAAAAUACAAUUGUACCGAUAAGUUAUUAGUAAUAACUACAGAUUUUAUUAUAGAUAAGUAAUAUUGCAAACAACUACAGAAUAUUAUGCACUUGGAAAGUGGCAUUAAAUAAAUGACGAUGAUUGUUAAAUUGAA